AUGAGUAUUUAAUUGAAUGAUAGGCAUAUUACAUAAUUGGAAGAAUUAGAAUCUUUAAAAGGAAAACUACAAUGCCCAUCAUACAGAUCUCGUAAUCUUUCAUCGGAUAGAUAGUAUACUCCUUCGUUGACAAACGAUUUCCGAAGCACUAGAAAUAGUGAUUAAUAGAAAGACUCUUAAUCAGUGGAGAAAUUUUUGAAUCUUAAAAAGUAAAAUUAGAAUGUUGACAAUCUUUCUCAAUUAUGGAAAUAAUAAAAGCAAUCCAUAUAGCUUCCUUAAAGCAUACAGUCACAAAAUUCAAUAAGUAUAUCUGAUUUCUAUGCAAAUUUUGUAGAUAAAUAGGAGAUUGAUCAAUAGAUUCCUAAAUAUACUCAUUUGGUCAUAGAAGAAGAAGAGAAUUUGGUUACUGAAUAAGAUGCCAAUAAAAUAAAAGUCGUUUAGGCAGCCAAUAAUGUUAGAGUAAAUGGGAAAUUUCCUAACGCAACUAAACAAGCAGGAUAAAAAAAAAUUUAAUAAUCAGCUUAGCAGAUUUAAACAAGCAAUAACCAAAUUUAAACCAAAAAAACAAAUAGUAAUAAUAACACUUAUAAUAAUAACAACAACAAUAGUCGUCCUUAAACCACAAAAUCCUAAGUUCAAGUACCACAAACACCUUUGACUUAAAAAAAAACUGUUUAAAAAAGUAACACAAAAUCUUUCUAAGAUCCAUUUUAAGAUGUACCUUAAACUCCUUCAUAAAAGUUAUAAUAAAGUUCCUUGCUAGAGAAAUCUAGACAAGGAAAAACAAAUUAGGCUAUAAACAAAGUUAUUACUAAAAAGAACCCUGAAGAAGAUUAAAGAAAUUUAAUCCUGUAAUUAGCGAAAAUAAAAGAAAGCGUGACAAAGUUAUAUGAUAGCAGAUUUGAGAAAUAGUUGACUCAUUCUUCUUAAUUUAUUGAAAAAAAUUUUGAUCAAAUUAUCAAUACAUUGAAAUUGGACUUUAGAUUUCAUGAAAAUGAUAUAUGAAUACUUAUUUAUCAUUCAAUAUCUUAAUUAAACUUAUUAAC